UUAAGGGUUAUGUAAAGUUGGCCCAAGCAAGAUGAAAAAACCCAAAAAAUAAGGCCCAUUUACACCGGUUGGAGGUUGAGGCUGUCGUGUUCGCCGCCUGUUCGAGUGGCGGUCAGAGAAAGUUCGGCGAUUGCGAGCGAGCAACAAUACAAUGUCGAGGUUGCGAAGACUGUUCCAAUCUUCCAUGGAUGCUACUAAGCGAGUUAUCUCCGGUAGUUUCGAUGAUUUGAUGCCUCCGCCGGAAAGAUAUAUAUUCAGCUUCAAUUCCAAGCAAGAGUUAAGCAAGUGGCAUUUGUAUUCUGAUUCUGAAUAUGGAGGUCUUUCAUCUGCAUCUCUGCAGAUAACUGAAUCUGAAAAUGGACAAAAUUCUGGAAUCUUCUCUGGGAACCUUUCCCUGGAUGUUACUCCGGGGUCUAAAUGGAACAUUAGUCGCGGUGGCUUCUGUGGAAUGCGCUCAAAAAAGUUCGAUGGCUUCAUAGACUUGGAUUCAUAUGAUACGAUUGCUAUGAAGCUUAAAGGAGAUGGCAGAUGUUAUAUAUCUACUAUUUACACGGAGAAUUGGGUCAAUUCGCCUGGACAGAUGGAAGAUAAUUCAUGGCAAGCGUUUGUUUACGUGCCUAAAGGCAACUGGUAUAUCGCAAAGAUUCCUCUAGCUAGAUAUUUACCUACUUGGAGAGGGAACGUUAUAGAUGCAGAAAUUGAAAUGAAUCCAUCCCGUGUUCUGGGCAUGUCUCUGUCAGUCAAUGCGGAGGGUGGUGUCCCAGAUGCUAGAUCUGGACCAGGUGAUUUCAGAGUUGAACUUGAUUGGAUCAAAGCCUUGAGGACACAAUGAAGUAUAUAGGUUGAUAAAAAUAAAGAAUUUUGCUCUUCUUGUAAGAUGAUAAAUUAUAAACCUAUGUUGUAAUAAUAAUGUACCUAUUUAUGAUUUAUGGUUCAUGAUUCAUAAAGGAAAAAUAUAUUUAGUUGUUA